AUGCGUUUUCGGAACUCUGUUCAGCCUUUUCUUUCGCUUCUAAUCGCCGCGUUCUUCAUCGGUGUUGCACUGGCCGGGAAAACGUACGAGAAUUACGAAAAGGCGGAAAAGAUAUUUAUUUCAGAAAUUGAUUCCCGUGGGAACUGUUUCGAUGUUGGGUCGAGGUAUUUCGAGGUAUUCAACGGCAAUGAAUUCGCGUACGAUGUCGCCAAAUGGUCUCUGGUCGGCGUAGACGUCAGCGCGGGAGAAUCGGAGACGGUGUUCACGUUUGGCGAUUUCAGCAAACCUGUGUACCCAGGGGAGACUCGUUUGAUUGGAACGAGUGAAGGGUGCGGCGAUUUUUACCACGCCGAACCGCCGAGAGAGGAUGCCAUUACGUCGGGAAGAAAUUACAAAUUAUUGGAUGAAAAAGGAGAAGUAAUCGACGAAACAGGAAUCGUUCCGGAGGCGACAGACGCGACGCACACCUGGCAACGGAUGAAAAUUUGGGAUGGUGAACCAAAGGUAAAGUUUAAAGUCACGGAGUUCAGCGACUCCUUCGGAUUUUACCCGGCGACAGCGGGACGGUUCAAUUCUCAAAAUACCAUCGUGUUGAACGAAUUUUCAACCAGAACGAGCGAUGGAUACUGUGGCGGAAGCGGUGAUUUUGUUGAGAUCGCCAACGCGGGAGCCGUGACUGUGGAUAUAUCUGGAUACGGAAUUGCCGAAAAAGAUGCGGACUUCGACGAUGAUAAGUUAUACGCGUUCCCCGCUGGUUCUAGCCUAGCGGCUGGUGCAAGAAUCACAGUUUGUGCGAAAAACGACACGCACGACGGCUUGGAUUUCGGUUUGAGUCUCGAAGAAGGCGUGACGUUGUACGAUUCGAACGGAUUCGUCAUAGACACCUUUUUUGCCUCAGAUCACAGCCAGCACGUAGAUGGACGGAGCAUCCAGAGAGUUCCGGACAUCGCCGGUCGCCUGGCGGUGGCCACUCCAAGCACACCGAAUCAGCCUAACUUUGUUCAAUCGAUUCUAUCUGAACCAUCUAAUGAAGUACCAGAGCUGUCUGGUUCGUCUUCGCAAUAUUGCUGCUUCCACAUUCGGACUCUUGGAAUGCAUCCUUCUUUUUUGUCGAACGCAGAUAUGACAAAGGAGGAUUACUCAGUAAUGCAUCUGGUUAACGAACCGGUUACGCUGAAUAUUCGAAUUCCGGUCGCUAUUCCUACCAGCGCAGGUUCCGGCUUUGCGGACAACGCACUUUUCGAUUUCAAACUGGUUUCCUAUGAAGACGCGUAUGAAAUACCGAUCCCGCAAAGCACGUGGAAUCCAAACCUUUACGAAGACAACGCCGUUCGGUUCUUACCCGGUAUGACGGAAGUUAACAUCACUGUCGUACCGAAACGAAUGACGAAAGAGACUGCCGUUACUGAUACGCCAUCCAGUACCAAAGACUACAAUCCAUCCGAUCGCCUCUGGUUAGAAGCUGAUUUAGAUGGAGGGGGGGUGGCGGGUGAAGACACCUGGAACACGUAUCAGGUUUGGAGAUACGGAGGAGAAGCUUCGAAAAGUAGCGAUAUGGCGAGGUGGAGCCAUAAACCUUUUGAGUUGAAGGUACGCAAGAAAAAGUUAUAUCAACCGACCAUCGUGGGUUCAACCAGUGUUAUACCGAAUACCAUUGACCAGAUGGUAACUUACAUCGUAGCAAUAAACACUGAAGGCCUACCUUCGAACAGAUCUCUUGGAAUCGCAGAAACUGUUACCGUGAACGCCACGACGGGAGAAACUUUUUCAGAGUGGAAUACUGAAACAACCAAAGUCCAGCUCGAUCUCGUGGGAACGGGAUUGGUGUUUGGAACACUUACAGGCAGCACGACUGAUCAAUUGACGCUGUCGUCUACAUCGACAACCUCCGAAUAUCGAGUGUAUGCUACGGAGUUAGGGACCAUUCCAUUCAACGCGUGGUUAAAACUGGGCACAACGGGCUUCGAGGAAUACACGCUCGAUCCUGAUCUAUCGACAAGCGACGUGUCCGUUUUUGUUCGGUGUCAAAACAACUUUUUCCCCGUGUUUGAGCUUGCGCGAUCGACGUGUCAGCCUUGUCCGAUGGGGACGAACACUCUCUCCAACUCGUCGGCUACAAACGAAAUGGAUUGUGUUUGCUCAUCGGGAAUGGUAGAUCUUAGACGACCUGGCAUGCUUCCCGAUCACGUCACUUUCCUUGCGUCGGCAUCACUGUCUCCGUGCGUGGACGCUAUGGCUUAUUGUGAUAAUCCGUAUGGUCACACGAUAAAGGAAUGUGUAACUUUCGAUGACGGGAAGCCUGUCGCUAUCAAUCCCGAUUGGUACCGAUGGAAUUUCGAGAAUUGGACCUGGAUUCGAAACGAUGGACGUCAAGAUGAACUAAUAAUAUCCACUAAAGAUCAAAUAAACCAAUUUCUGACGCCAUAUUUAACUGCGAAGAGUUGCGAAGAAGAUGAUAUUUGUAUUUUAAAUGCCACGGGAACUGAAGGCAACGGUUGUGAUGACGGUGCCUACGGUCCGCUAUGUGGAUCGUGCAAAGCUGGAUAUUUCUGGAAUCAAGAUAAUUUAGUUUGCGAUAAGUGCAAGAGAGGGAGGGUAAGCGGUCAAGUUUCGACCGAACUGAUCAUAGUUUCAGCUAUCUUUUUAACACUUCUCGGGUUGAUGUUGUAUACUUUCAUACCGGUUCAGGAAAAAAUGGAAGAUCUCGACGAAUUCCGCAGAACUGUUCGAAGGGAAUACCGAACGCGUUUUGAUAUAUUCAAAGAAGACGUCAGAACGGGAGAAAAGAGGUUGAAUUACAUCCCUCGCCAAACUUCUCUGAAGGAAAGGCUUGAAUCCGGCCCGAAAUUACCCAACACGUGGAGAUAUAAAAUUGGCAGUAGGUGCUGGGAAUUGGAGGAUUCCUGUCGCACGAAAGUGAAAAUUCUGGUUGGAUUUUGCCAAAUUUUGGUGUUAUGGCCCAAACAGAUUCUCUCCGUACGUUGGCCAGACGUUUUUGUCGAAAUGACGGAGACUUUGAAGCUUUUCAGUCUGGAUUUUCGAUUACUCCCUCUUGAUUGUUUGUUUCGUCGGGACUUCUACUCAAAAUUUAUUGUCGCUACGUGCUCUCCGCUCAUUCUUCUCGGUGGCGUUUGGCUUGGUUUCUUUCUUCGCGGUUUCUGGAUAAGGAACGUCCGAAGAAUGAUGGGUUAUGCUACUAAAAUAUCGCUGCUGAUGGCAUUCCUUGUAUAUCCGUCUCUGUCCGGCAUCGUGUUGCAAUUCUUUUCGUGCAAAGAUGUUGGAUUGGGAAACGAAUUCAUGAGAUACUCGAUUCAAACGAGCUGUGAGACUGAAAAAUAUGACAAAUUCUUACCGGCGGCGUGGAUAUUCGUGUUCGCCUUUCCUAUCGGGAUACCGUUGGCCUUUUUUUUCCUCAUUUAUAGAGGUACAAGAGAUGCCGUGCGCGCGCACGACAACAAAACGUAUUUUCUCGAGCAUCAAGAUUCGAUUCUACGUAAUCGGCAGUUAUACGGGUGGAUUUAUCGAGAUUACAAAGCCGAAUACUGGAUGUGGGAGAUUAUUGACAUGGUGAAGAAAUUCUUACUUGGAUGUGCUGUGAUCUUCGUCGACCCUGGUUCCGACACGCAAUUAUAUGUCGCUAUUUUCAUCGCCACUGGGUUUCUCUUGCUUUUGGCAGUCGUAAAUCCUUACGAAAAGGUCCAGGAUAACAUCUGCGCGCAGUUAUCGCACUUCUCCUUGGCCGCAAUCGCGACAUUCGCCCUCAUGAUAAAAAACGAAGUCUGCGAAAAAGACGGUUGGAAAUGUGAAAUCGUGGACUGGUCCAUGCUAUUUAUGGUCCUUUUCGUUCUGUUUGCUUCGAUCGGACUCGCAGUGAGCGAGGCGCUUUACCAAAGACGAUCGAAAGCGGAUUUCAUCCGAUACGACGCUGAUCUCUCGGGCGAUUUGGAUCGAAACGAAAUCAAACAGCUCCUCACGGAUCUUCGCAUCGAUAACUCUGACGAGAACAUAUCAAAAAUAUUCGCCAGGUUCGACAAAGAUCACAGCGAUUCCAUCGACUUUGAAGAGUUCAUCGAGUGCGGCGUCUGGCUCCACGGCUUAACUCGAAAGAAAGACUCCGCUCGAGGCGUAUUUCGUUCUCUCAAGAAAACGAUGACUUUCAGAAACCCAUAA